AUGUCAUCGUCUUUGGGACUUGCAGCACGAUGCAUUCAGAAUUUACAGGGCGCAGGCUGCGAGUCAAAUGGAGGAACAAAAAAUCCAACAGAACUUGCUUUUGAAGCAUGGCUGGUUGUAGGUUUGAGUGUAGGCUUAAGGCAGAUGAAAUCCUUGCGAGAAAAUAGUAAAGUCUUUGCAGGUGGUCGUAACGUACUUCGACAUUUCAUUAUCGACCUUACUGUGAAAGGAUCCCUUGUAAGAACCUUCACUCCUUUUUACUUUCUGGUGGAGCCAGUGGACAUUCUGUCAGUUCGCGGAGCUUCCGUUAUAAUGAACUGUUCAGCUUAUUGUGAAACUUCUCCAAAAAUCGAAUGGAAAAAAGAUGGGACUUUUCUGAGCUUGGUGUCAGAUGACCGUCGCCAGUUGCUACCAGAUGGAUCUUUAUUAAUAAACAGUGUGGUGCAUUCCAAGCAUAAUAAACCCGAUGAAGGAUAUUAUCAAUGUGUGGCGACUGUAGAAAGCCUGGGGACCAUUGUCAGCAGAACAGCAAAGCUCACGGUGGCAGGCCUUCCCAGGUUCACCAGCCAGCCAGAGUCAUCUUCUGCCUAUAAAGGAAACAGUGCGGUCCUUAACUGUGAAGUCAAUGUGGACCUCACACCGUUUGUGAGGUGGGAGCAGGACCGCCAGCCCGUCUUUCUGGAUGAUCGUGUGUUUAAAUUACCAAGUGGAGCUCUGAUUAUCAGCAACGCUACUGAUUCGGAUGGAGGACUCUAUCGCUGCGUCAUUGAAAGCGGUGGGACCCCCAAAUACAGUGAAGAGGCAGAACUCAAAAUUCUUCCAGAUCCCGAGGUGCCACAGAACGUGAUGUUUGCAAGGCAGCCCUCUUCACUUACCAAAGUUACUGGGCAAAGUGCGGUUCUUCCAUGUGUUGCUGUAGGAUUUCCAGCUCCAUAUAUCAGGUGGACACGAAAUGAAGAAGAACUUAACACGGAAGG